CGGAAGAGAAAUUAACCAUCUACGUCAUUUACGCUUAUUAUUGUUUGUAGUGGGACUAUUUCUGGAGCUAUCGACAUUUUUAAAAGGAGAGAGGUCUUGGUGGACGUAAGGCAUAACCUUUCUCGGAUCAUUUUCAUUCUUCAAACUGUCGAGUGUUUUGAAGCAUAUCUAAGGAAGAUACAAACAAAGAUGGAAACAAGUACAGAGAUUACUUCUGUAUCACAAUCUUCAGAGCAGAAGAUGACCUUGCCGCCAGCUAUGCUAGCCAAAAUAGAACGCAACAGGCAGAGGGCACUGAUGCUAAGACAGGCAAGACUUGCAAGCAGACCAUAUCCUGUUGUGGAAGGUAGCACCAGUAUGAAGGGAACAUCAAAAGUGAUUGACACAGGUGGAGGGUUCUUCUUAGAGGAAGAGGAUGAUGAAGAGCAUCACAUUGCUGAAAAAGUAGUGCAUCAACCAGGUCCAGUGAUGGAAUUUGACUACUUGAUUUGUGGGGAAUGUGGAAAAGAAUUUAUGGAUUCUUACCUUAGCAAUCACUUUGAUCUGGCUGUGUGUGAUAACUGCAGGGACCCUGAAGGGAAGCAUAAACUUAUGACACGGACAGAUGCCAAGCAAGAAUUUCUUCUCAAGGACUGCGAUUUUGACAAGCGAGAACCUGUUCUUAAGUAUGUUCUGAGGAAGAAUCCACAUAAUUCACGAUGGGGUGACAUGAAGCUCUACCUAAGGCUGCAGAUUGUCAAACGCUCCCUUGAAGUAUGGGGCAGUGAAGAAGCCUUAGAGGAAGCUAAAGAAGCUCGACAGGAAAGUAGAGAGAAGCUAAAACAAAAGAGAUUUGAUAAAAAAGUAAAAGAACUGCGACAUGCUGUCAGAAGUAGCCUGUGGAAAAAAGACACAAGUAAUCACCAACAUGAAUAUGGGCCAGAAGAACAAGUUGAAGAGGAUGUUUUCAAAAAGACAUGUACUCUUUGUGGACAAGAGUUAACCUAUGAAAAAAUGUAGUCCACAGUGCAUUACCUGGUGUGGGAAAAUUAAUAUUUUAAAACAUAAGAAAAUGAAUUUUUGAAAAAAAAACUUUUGUAUAAACAAUUGCUUCAAUUAAACCAUUUAUGUGAUA